AUAGGAGUAUAACAUGUUCUAGCUGUCGGUGAAACAGGAAUAGGCUGAGUAGAAGCAAUACACGUAGACCAUACUUUCUGCGGCUGAUUUACACAGUUAGCAACACAAGCAAGACAAUUUAGAAAACUUUCCCGCGGGUCAGGUUUUACUUAACUGCCUAAAUGCCGAAAAGCCAUCCGAACACUUCUGGUGGCAUACGUCUUGUAUGUGCUGCUGAGUGACACUCUGAGUAUGGAACAGCACGUAAGCGAUGAUGAGCAACCUGUAGUUUUUAGAGACGAAAACAAGAGGAGGAGAAGGAAGAUGAAAGCUUUCACCUCCAGCUCCACAAAAGAGAUGGAUCAGAUAGCCAUUGAGUUUGUCCUCCCCACCACCAGCAAGCCUCGGAAGAGCCCAGACACGCUGCAGCUAGACGUGACUGGUAACUGCACGGUCGAGCAGGUCAAGGCCCAAGUGUGGCUGAAAGCCGUUGCCGCCAACCUGUGCCCCGAAUUCUACCAGAAGUACACGCCUGACCACUGCAUCUUGCUUUACCAGAAGAAGGGAAACUGGUGUGAGAUUUAUGAUAAGCACCAGGUGUUUCAGACUCUGGACUGCAUUCGCUACUGGAAGGCGCUGAAAAGAGACCUGGGUAGGAUUCACCUGGCCACCAGGCCACAGCCCACGGAGGAAUCGAUUCAAUAUCAGAAGUACCUGAACUACCUAAUCGGGUAUGAUGUCACUGACGUGAGCAACGUACACGAUGAUGAGCUGGAGUUCACUCGGAGGAAGCUGCUGACCCCCCGGAAAUUUGAGCUCACGGACAGAGAUGCAAAGCUUUACUCUAUGGAUCCUUUUGUAAGCACAAAGCCACUCCCAGAGUACCUCAUCAGCAAGAUUACCAACAACAACAUUCUCCUGGUAAUACACACUAGUACCUCCAGCCAGACUAUCAAGGUGUCCAUUGACGAUACCCCUGUGCAGGUUCUUCAAUGCUUCUUCAGUAAGAUUGCAAAGAAGAAGACGCUGCUAGGUAUUCCCGAGGAGGUUGGUGAGGCCGAUUUCAUCCUGCGGGUUUGCGGCAGGGAGGACUACAUUUUUGGAAACCAUGCCAUAAAAGACUUCCACUGGGUGAGGCAGUGUCUGAAGAACAGUGAGGAGAUCCACCUGGUGCUGGAGUCCCCACCGGACCCAGAGCUGGAUGUGGUCCACAAAGAGGACUGGUCACUGGUGGAUGACUGCACGGGUGUGGCCGGAUCCCAUGAGCAGCUGACUAUCGAUGAGAAAGACCAUGAGAAGGUCUUUACCAUCUCCCUCUGGGACUGCAAUCGAAAGUUCCGUGUCAAGGUCCUGGGGAUCGACAUCCCUACCUUGCCGCGCAACUCAGAACUGAUAGUUUUUGUGGAGGCCAGCAUCUUCCAUGGGCAGCAACUGCUGGCCCAGGAACGGACAUCCUCCAAGCCCUUCACUGAAGAGGUGCUUUGGAACACCUGGCUAGAGUUUGGCAUCAAAAUGAAAGACCUGCCCAAGGGGGCCCGACUGAACCUGCAGGUGAACUGUGGCAAGGCCCAGACACAGACCUCCAAGGGGGCCUACCCAGAUAGCAGUAGCCAAGAGGGAAAGGCCAAGACUCGCUUGCUGUACUAUGUCAACCUGCUGGUGGUGGACCACCGCUGUUUGCUCAGACAGGGCGAGUACAUCCUGCACAUGUGGAAGAUGCCAGAGAAGAGCGAGGACCAUGGCAGCGUCAACGCCGACAAGCUCACCUCCGCCACCAACCCGGACAAGACCAACUCCAUGGCCAUCGCCAUCAUGCUGGACAAGUACUGCUACCCCAUCGCCUUGCCCAAGAGCCGCGACGUUUCUGAGGCCGAGAACGAGAGGGGGCAGAGGGAGAUGCCCAACCAUUUGCGGAAGCAGUUUGACCAGAUCGUUGACACUGACCCGCUGUACCCACUCAGCCCGGAGGACAAGGAGCUGCUCUGGCACUUCAAACAGGGGUGCAUGAGGCUCCCUAAGGCCUACCCCAAAUUCUUAGGUUCAGUGAAGUGGGGCAAGCAGGAGGCAGUGGCAGCCACGCACCAACUCCUGGAGAAGAGCGACACCUGGGACCGCAGCCCGCUGGAUGUGGGCCUUGCCAUGCAGCUGCUGGACUGCCACUUCUCGGACGCUAACGUGCGCACCAUGGCUGUUCGUAAGCUGGAGACACUGGCUGACGACGAUGUCCUGAGGUACCUGCUGCAGCUCGUACAGGCUGUGAAGUUUGAACCAUACCAUGACAGUGCAUUAGCCAGAUUCUUACUGAAACGGGCUCUGAGGAGCAAGCGGAUUGGCCACUUCUUGUUCUGGUUCCUGCGAAGUGAAAUCGCCCAAUCGAUGCACUACCAGCAGCGAUACGCCGUCAUCCUGGAGGCGUACCUGCGCGGCUGUGGCGACGCCAUGCUGCAGGACUUUCACAAACAGGUGGAGAUGAUCGAGGCCCUGCAGAAGGUGACGCGGGAGGUCAAGGCCAUGUCCGCUGACAAGUAUGACGUGUCCAUGCAAGUUGUUUUUCAACUGCGGCAGAAACUGGAGAAUUUACAAACAUCAGGCCUGCCGGAGAGCUUCAGGGUUCCCUAUGACCCAGGCCUGCGAGCUGGAGCUCUGGUGAUUGAGCAGUGCAAAGUGAUGGCGUCUAAGAAGAAGCCACUCUGGCUCCAGUUCAAGAGAGCUGACCCAACCACACGCUGCAGCGACACCAUUGGGAUCAUCUUCAAGGAUGGCGAUGACCUUCGCCAGGACAUGCUCAUCUUACAGAUUCUGCUGAUAAUGGAAUCUAUAUGGGAAGCCGAGUCACUUGAUUUGUCCCUGUUGCCAUAUGGUUGUAUUUCGACUGGAAAUAAAAUAGGAAUGAUUGAGAUAGUGAAGGAUGCCACCACCAUCGCCAACAUCCAGCAAAGCACUGUGGGAAACACGGGCGCCUUCAAAGACGAAAUCCUCAACCAGUGGCUGCGAGACAAGUGUCUGACUGAAGACAAGUUCCAGCAGGCUGUGGAGCGGUUUGUGUACUCCUGCGCGGGUUACUGUGUGGCCACCUACGUUCUGGGGAUCGGAGACCGUCACAACGACAACAUCAUGAUCACAGAAUCAGGUAACCUGUUCCACAUUGAUUUUGGACACAUACUGGGAAACUACAAGAGCUUCCUGGGGAUCAGCAAGGAGCGGGUCCCGUUCGUGUUGACGCCAGACUUCCUCUAUGUUAUGGCAACAACUGGGAAGAAAAGCAGCAGCCCUCAUUUUCAGAAGUUCCAGGACGUGUGUGUGAAGGCGUACCUGGCUCUGCGACACCACACCAACCUGCUGAUCAUCCUCUUCUCCAUGAUGCUGAUGACCGGCAUGCCCCAGCUGACCAGCAAGGAGGACAUCGAGUACAUCCGCGAGGCGCUGACCGUGGGCCGCGUGGAGGAGGAGGCCCAGCGCCACUUCCUGGACCAGAUCGAGAUCUGCAGGGACAAGGGCUGGACGGUGCAGUUCAACUGGUUCCUACACCUGGUGCUGGGAAUAAAACAGGGGGUGGAGAAGCGCUCGGCCUAGGGCCACCUUUUCCCUGUGCUUGUACGGACAGCGGGUUUUUAAGGGUCCGCUCGCCCACAUUGUAGACCACGUCUGACCUGAAAGCAAUCUAACUGAAAGACGUGGUCGUCAGUUAAACUUAAAAAAUUCCAAGUCUUUAACCCGUUCUUAAGGUAUAUCUUACAGUACAGUAAACUUAAAUUCCUUUCACCUAAACUUUACUAGAUUCACUUGUUUUCUAACAGUAAUACUGGAUCUCUGUCUGUUUGCCCUCCUGGCUUUAGAAAGUUUAACUGUCGAUAAAAUGUGCCCCAAGUAUGCGUUGUUAACUGAUGCAUGAACUGAAAGUGCGACAUUUUAAUGAAUAGGCCAUAUUAUUUGAGAAACAAAUUAUAUGUACAAAAAUGAAACAGUACCCUCUGCUGGACAGAUUAUAUCUCAGCAAGUCAGUCCAUCAGUUCACAGACAAAAAACAUUAGAAACAUUGGUGCUAACUGUGGCUGGUCUGGCUGGCACUGUCUUCUGUUUGCACUGAUAUAUUCAAACAGAUGUUCCAUAUAUAAAAUAACAAAUUCUGAAUCAAGAAACCUGUUGUACAUGUGCUUAUCAGCAAAUUUGAAUGCUGCCUAGAUUUUUAAAGUAAUAUUACAAUUUGAUUCAUUUUUUGCACUUGAUAAAUGGUGUAGGUGUUCAAUAUCAAUUUUGUAUUUCUUUUUUGAAAAUGUCUUAACUGUUUUGGUUUUUAUUUGUAUAUGUAUAAAUCAACAUUUGUGUUUUCAUUAUUGGUGAUACUGUAUAGUAGUGUCAUGAUCUUUUAUAUGCUAAUGAUUGACAUGGUUGAUGGUUGGGUAGUUUGAAGACUUCUCAGGGAAUUUAAGCUCUCAGGGAAUUUAUGCAUGCAGUGUAUUGUGUGAGAUGCAUGGGGUCAGUUAGCCUUGCUUACCCACCAUUUGCCUGGCCUACCUUAUACAUCUGGUGUGAAAGCUGCUGUGAACUGAGAUAAAUAUGCACACACGCCACCUAAUGGCAUGGAGGUGAAUGGCCUCCUCUCCUCACUUUCCCUCUGGGAAUUGAGAAAAACCAACUUCUUGCCGGUUGAAUGGGUGACAGACCCCAUGGUUUUAUUGUCAGUUAUCUCAGUUUAAUUCAGAUUUGUGCCCAGAUGUGUUAUUAGACCUGACUGUGGGCUGGAAAGUGAGGCUGUGGUCCUGGUUGUAGACUUGGAGAUGUGGUGCUUCUUGGCGUUCACUGUUAAUUGCUGGCAUGGUUGAAGAUGCUACUGUAAUGCAAAAUACUGUACUGCUUUCUGGGACUGGAGGAACAGGAAGUUUGGAUGUAUGCUUCCCCUCAUUCGCUUUUUUUAUGAACCAUGUCUUAAUGAAAAUUGACCUUUUAAAAUUGACUUUUUUAUAUGUUGCUUUGAACUAUUUUGAAUAAAAUAAGGAAAAGAUGCUUA